AUGGCCAAACUUCUGAUAGGCUCCGCCAAGGCAGACUUCAGUGAGCCUGUCGCACGUCGCAGAGAGCCUGAUCGGAAAGACUUACUUCAGCCUGUGCGAUGGGAAGAUCCGCCCAUGCUAUCAGCCCUGGGGAUGGAUUGCGCCGAACUACUUUAUUAUCUUCUGCAGGUUUAUGGCGACGGCGUUGUGAAUGUUCCUGGCAGCACAAUGCUCACCCUUGCUGUGCGAAAAAAGCGUCCGGCAUCUAUACGCGCGAUACUGCGCGACGAGACAUACACAGACCCUUUGGGCGCAGACGACGUCAAUGGCCUAAUACAAGCUAUCUAUAGCGGCGACGCAGGCUUGGUGCGUCUAAUCCUAGCGAAAAGUCGCUCCGAUCCCAACGUGGUCCACAACAGGGAAGACGACAGCCGAUGUCCCAGCGGCAUCCGCGGUCAGACACCACUGGCCGUCGCCGUAUGUCAAGGCCACGACAGCGUCGUCCGAGUCCUGUGCGCCGAUCGGCGCGUCGACAUCAACCUCGCCGGCCCCAACUACCGAACACCUUUCUUCUACGCCGUGAGGAAUAGUCGCUGGUACAUUGCCGACAUUCUGUACGAGCGCGGGGCAACCUACGACGCAGAACUCGCAUUUGAACAGGCCUGCGUCGAUCGCCGGCUUGACUGGAUGAUUCGCCUGAUACGGGUCACAGAGUUCAACGAAUACAGAUUGCAGGACUGGCACGACAAGGCGUAUGGGCAUCUGAAAACGUGUUUGUUCUGGCUUCAGGUUCGGCCCGAAUUGGACAGGAGACGAGACACGUAUGCGAAGAAUUGGGCAACGGGACAGUCGCCUGCUGUGAAUGAGGCAGUUCAAAGAUAA